CUGAGCCCGGCCCGCCGGCGCGCCCCGUCCGGGAUGGGGCGCCUGGACGCCUGAGUCGCCGUUCGGCGCGACCUUCGCGCGGGGGAAGCAGUCGGCGCCGCGCGGCCGCGCUAGAAUGGAGGGACCCGGCGGCAGCGAUCCCAGCGGCGACGGGGCUGGGGACGGUGCCCACCCGGACCCCCGGGUCCCCGGCGCCGCUGCGGCCAGCUCUGGCCCGUGCGCGGCCGCCCGGGAGUCCGAGCGCCAGCUGCGCCUCCGCCUCUGCGUCCUCAACGAGAUCUUGGGCACCGAGAGGGACUACGUGGGCACCUUGCGCUUCUUGCAGUCGGCAUUCCUGCAUCGCAUCCGGCAGAACGUGGCGGACUCCGUGGAGAAGGGCCUCACGGAAGAGAACGUCAAGAUCCUGUUCUCGAACAUCGAAGACAUCUUGGAAGUCCACAAGGAUUUCUUGGCUGCCUUGGAGUAUUGUUUACAUCCCGAGCCUCAGUCUCAGCAUGAACUUGGGAACGUGUUUUUAAAAUUCAAGGACAAGUUCUGCGUGUACGAGGAAUAUUGCAGCAACCACGAGAAGGCCCUGCGGCUGCUUGUGGAGCUCAACAAGAUCCCCACUGUCCGCGCCUUCCUCUUGAGUUGCAUGCUUCUGGGAGGCCGGAAGACCACAGACAUCCCUCUGGAGGGCUACCUGCUGUCUCCAAUUCAGAGGAUUUGCAAGUACCCCCUUCUCCUCAAGGAGCUCGCCAAGAGGACCCCCGGCAAGCACCCCGACCACCCCGCGGUCCAGAGCGCCCUGCAGGCCAUGAAGACCGUCUGCUCUAACAUCAACGAGACCAAGCGGCAGAUGGAAAAGCUGGAGGCCUUGGAGCAGCUGCAGUCCCACAUCGAAGGCUGGGAGGUGCGUCUGGGGCAGGUGGCCUCCUGGGCUCCAGCGGGGCCCGAGGCGGCGGCCGGGGGGCGGGGUGCGCACAGCUGCGGGUAUAGACGGCGGGUGGACACCACGUUCAGCCUGGAGGGCGCGUGUUGUUGGGCUUACACGGUGUUUGUUGAAAAGAAAAACAAAAUUGUGUGCCCACGUGCGUGUCCCAGGCUCCUGGGCUGGGCCCACAAGUUGGAGGGGCUGGUUUCGGCCUCUUUCUGGUGGGCACGUGUAAACAGGUGCAGCUGCCAGUUGGGGUUCCGUCCCCUGGGUGUCUGGGGUUUCUGGAAUCCAUUCGACACAAGCUUCUUUAGCACCCAGGGCUUUACCGCAGAGGGUCCGAGCACCGGGGCUGUGGGGAGGGCCCUUCUGCCGACUCCUCUCAGCCCGUCCUUGCUCUGCCCUCUCCUUCCAGAUGGGAAAAACCAGCUGCUCCUGGCCUUGCUGAAAUGCACAGACACGGAUUUGCAGCUGCGCAGGGACGCCGUCUUCUGCCAGGCCCUGGUGGCCGCCGUGUGCACCUUCUCUGAGCAGCUGCUGGCGGCCCUCAGCUACCGCUACAACAACAACGGCGAGUACGAGGAGAGCAGCCGGGACGCCAGCCGCAAGUGGCUGGAGCAGGUGGCGGCCACCGGAGCCCUGCUGCACUGCCAGUCCCUGCUGUCGCCGGCUGCCGCGAAGGAGGAACGGACCAUGCUGGAGGACAUCUGGGUGACCCUGUCAGAGCUGGACAAUGUCACCUUUUCCUUUAAACAGAUGGAUGAGAACUACGUGGCCAACACCAACGUCUUCCACCACAUCGAGGGCAGCCGGCAGGCGCUGAAGGUCGUCUUCUUCCUCGACAGCUACCAUUUCUCCAAGCUGCCCUCCCGCUUGGAAGGCGGAGGCAGCCUGAGGCUGCACACCGUGCUGUUCACGAAGGCUCUGGAGAAUGUGGAGGGGCCACCCCCUCCAGGCAGCCAGGCUGUGGAAGAUUUGCAGCAGGAGAUCAACGCCCAGUCCCUGGAGAAGGUGCAGCAGUAUUACCGCAAGCUCAGGGCAUUUUACCUGGAACGGUCUAACCUGCCUACGGAUGCCAGCACAACAGCGGUGAAGAUAGACCAGCUGAUACGCCCCAUCAAUGCCCUGGAUGAGCUCUGCCGCCUCAUGAAGUCCUUCGUCCACCCUAAACCUGGUGCCAGUGGGAGCCUGGGCGCCGGCCUCAUCCCCAUCUCCUCGGAGCUCUGCUACCGCCUGGGCGCUUGCCAGAUCGCCAUGUGUGGCACGGGCAUGCAGAGGAGCACCCUGAGUGUCUCCCUGGAGCAGGCGGCCAUCUUGGCACGGAGCCACGGGCUGUUGCCCAAGUGCAUCAUGCAGGCCACGGACAUCAUGCGGAAGCAGGGACCCAGGGUGGAGAUUCUGGCCAAAAACCUCCGAGUCAAGGAUCAGAUGCCCCAGGGUGCACCGCGGCUUUACCGCCUCUGCCAGCCUCCGGUGGACGGAGACCUCUGAACGUGCAGACAGGUGCCAGGUGCUCGGCUGCGUCCCCCCCCGGAGCUGGGCUUUGGGAGGCCACAGGGGGCCGCGCCGGCCUUCUGCAGAGCCGGCUGCGACGCUCCUUCCUGCUCCAGGAUCCGUCAGCCUGCGUCUUCACCUCCUGUGUGGACAGGCGGAGCCCCCGCUCUCCGAUGAGCCGGCCGGUCGGCCCUGGGCCGGCACGUUCUCCACGCUUGUGCCAGAAGCCCGAGGGGGUGCCGGGGACCCACGGAGCUCACUGACGGGUGCAGCCAGGACCUGGGCUCCUGCCCACAAGUCCCCGGGACACGGAGGGGGGAUGUCACGGGUGCUGUAGCUGGAGGCCUGCGCACCCAGCUCCCUCAGGGUGGUUCAACCUGCACUUUUGAAACCCCUGGUUUCCUUCUAAGUCCACAUUCCAGGCGACACGCGGUGUCUCCUCCUCCUCCUCACCUUAGCUGCCAGUUCACCCCUAACCCUGUACUAACCUGCUCGGUGGACUGGGAGAAGCCGGGCCUCUGCCAGGAAAGACAGAGGGAUGGGGCACACCACCUGUCACCAAGAGGAUACUCCAGAGCCACACCAGCUUCUGACAUCACCGCCAUUGGAACUCGAGCCACCAGUCCUGGGCGCGAGAUUUGCUCCGACUUUAUUUAUAUGGCGUGAACUCUCUAUGGUUUGUUUUGGGGUUUUUAUGUUGUUGGUGUCGUCGAGAUUUUUUUUUUUUCUGGGUUGUGUAAUUAUAUAUUUGACAUUUUAAAUCUCAAAGAAAGGUAUAUUGUCUAACAGGGGACCAACAUAAGGUAGUGUUGAUGACUUUUCCCACUUCUACUAAAAGAGAAAACUAAAUUAUUGAAAAUCCAACAAAUGUCAGUAUUUCAUCUUUUUUAAUAUUAGGGUCUUAAGGUAUCACUCACAGGUGUUGGCUAGGAUCCCUUCCCCCUCGCCCCCCGCCUCAGUUCUCCAGCAGCCGGUCAAUAUUAGCUUGAAUUACUCUGCUCCCUUUCGGCCUGGCCGUGAGGGUUUGAGAGGCAGGUGGACCAGGGCUGGGGGUGGGAGGGGGUUGAAGCGCCCACUUGAGAUGCUGUCCCGCACAGGUGUCUGUCCUGCAGGUAGGAGGGCCCCUGGGAAACGCUGGGUGGUGGCUUCUGUAACUUAUUAUUAUUAUUAUUUUUUGAUGUUAGCUCAGAGCAGGGCACUUGGGAUUUCUCAGCCAGCCAGAGAGACAGGAAGUCACCCUGCCCGCCUCCUGGGCACAGGGACCCACACUGGGGCCUCCUCAGCAGUUUGUCCCCUCUAGCUUGUGUGUGCCAGCAGGGAGAAACCCCAGCCGAGGUAGAAGGGAGGGGAUAUCUAUAAUCCACCCUUGUGUGGUGGGUGAGGUCAGGUCUGGGUUGCCCACUGCCCCUGAGACUUGAAGCCCCACCAGCAUCUUGGCCCCCUGGGCCUCCGGGGACCACCCUCCAUCACUUGCCACUGUGGCCGAGAUGGCAAGACGUGGGCUUGUGGCUGGACCCAGGUGGCAGGGACACAAAUGAAGACCCGCUUUAGCCCCCUGGUGGGAAAUGGAGAGGGGCCCCUGAGGGCAAGGGCGUUGUGCACUGGUUUACUUUAAAAUGUACAGAUCUUCUCAUUAAAGUCAUGAUAGAUUUUUUUAUUAUUAUUAAAAGUCAGUUUAUAAUACAAA